CUCCCUCCUCCUCCUCCUCCUCCUCCUCGUCGUCGUCGUCGUCCGCCGGGAGCGGAGGCUCAAGAUGGCGGCCAAGUCGGAUGGCGGCGGCGGCGGCGGCGGUUUCGCCCCGCUGCACGACCCGGACGAGGCGGGGGGCGGCGGCGAGGAGGAGGAGGAGGAGGAGGAGGACGGGGAGCCCGCCGACGAGGGAGGAGGAGGAGGAGGAGGCGAGGAGGACGACGGCGGCGGCGGGGCGGGGGACGAGCCGGGGGAGAGCAGCUCCCUGCACAUCUGCCACUGCUGCAACACCUCGUCGUGCUACUGGGGCUGCCGCUCCGCCUGCCUGCGCUCCCUGCUGACGCCCAAGCCGGGCCCGGCCGCCGCCGCCGCCGCGCCGCCCUCCCGGCCUCCCCCCGCGGCGCAGCGGCCCUGGCUGGACUGCCUGUGGAUCGUGCUGGCGCUGCUCGUCUUCUUCGGCGACGUGGGCACCGACGUGUGGCUGGCCGUCCACUACUACGGCCGCGGGGACUACGGCUGGUUCGGCCUGACGCUGUUCUUCGUGCUGGUGCCGUCGCUGCUGGUGCAGAGCCUCAGCUUCCGCUGGUUCGUGCAGGACUACACGGGCGGGGGCCUGGGCGCCGUGGAGGGCCUCACCAGCCGCGGCCCGCCCAUGAUGGGCGCCGCCGCCGCCGCCGCCGCCGCCGCGCCCCCCGGGCCCUCCGCCACCCCCGGGGCGCAGCGCCUCUGCCGCCUCUCCGUCUGGAUCUGGCAGUCCGUCAUCCACCUGCUGCAGAUGGGGCAGGUGUGGAGCCAUAAGCCAAAGACAGGAGGCCUGAGGCUGAAGGGAGAUUGUUUUGGGGUCAUCUGAUUUGUGACUGGAAGGCGUGAGCGAUGUCAGCGCGGCCCGAAACCACUUCCAGCAGGACUGGUUUGCAUAUUUUGGGGGUCCUGGCAUGUUCAGAACCCCGGAUCUGUAUCGUUGAACGUAGGGGAGGCGCUCGGAAUGGCUCCGUGCUACUCUGGACCCCCUUCACCAGCCAGGCCACCGAACAGGACCAGUUCCAUGGGGUCUGGGCAACGGGUCUGAGGAGAGCGGGGCGGGAGGCCAAAGGACCACCAUGGCCGGGCCUAGGGGACGGUCAGAGGUAAGAGUCACCGUCCCCCCCGAGGGCGAUCCCUGUCCCAGAAGUGGGCCGUUGGCACUAAGGGCGGCCCGGACCCGCCUCUUCUCCCCGGCCCCCUGCAUCGCCCACCCCCCCCCGGUCCGUUAGAUCGGACGCUCCCAGAGGGCGGGACACCCGUGCUUCAUUGAUGCCGCGCUCCGAGCAGCGCUCUGCACCCAGGUGACUCCCAGCCCGCCGAACUCUUUCCUGCCGCCCCUCUCCUGGGGGCCGGGCGUCGUUCCCUACCCACUUGGCCGGCACCGUGGCCCGGUGCCGCCUGCCGGGAGGGUCGCUAAGGGGCAGGUGGUACCGGGUGGGGGACUCGGGCGGACGGUGGCCGUGGUCCGCUUCUCCCGGGCCCCUCUGCGGGGAGAACCGGCCCUGCUGGAGCCGGGCAGACCGAGAGGCAGACGAAGUGCCUGGAAGCGGGACAAUCUCCCACCUGUUAGCGGGUGCCGGCCGGCCGCCACCGGCGGGCAUCGUGGAGCGGGGGGGCGGGCUGGCGGUCAGCGCCGGGACCCCGGAGCCUCCCUUCCCCUGAUUGUGAUUUCCUUCUCCCAUCCCCUUCCCCCACCCAAACCGGGGCGUGAGGCAGCCCCCCUCUCUGCUUUCUGGCGACGAGGAUGCCAGGAUAUUUCGGGCCAAAGCAGAAUUUCUGGCUCGCCAUAUCUCCGCAGGAAAAGCCCUCAAGAUGUUGUUUUUCUCAGCUUUCUGCAAACCCCAGAUUGUGUUUUCACUCCCCGAGGGCUGCCCGGCGCCUCUCCCGUUUCUGGCACGCGUUCGAGGCGGCACGAGACGAACUGCACAGGGGGAGGGGAAGAGGGGCUCUUCCCUCCGCCUCCUAGCCCGAUCCCUCCACGAUCCCAGGACCUCCCAGAGCAUCCCCCUCUCCCUCGCGCUGCCCGACUUCUCCCCGACUUCCCGGUGAGGAGCCAGAGAGGUGAGGUGACUUGCCCGGGGUGACGCCGCAGGCCACGGGCUGGAGCUGGGAUCGCAACCCUGUGUCCCGAUGUUCGGACCGGGGCUCCGACCUCAGUCGUAUUCUCGGAGCGCUUACUAUGCGCGGGGCGCCGUAGUGAGCGGUAGGGAGAACACAACACGCCAGUUAGACACGUCCCCUGCCCAUUUUGACUUCACGGUCCAGACGGUGAAAGGCCGGGUCGUCUCAUGGACUCAGGAACCAGACGGGCCGGGGUCUGGGGGAAGAUUUGGGGGGAGCGGGGCGGCUGGAGGUCCCAGGAUAAUUCCGGCCGAGGCCCCUUGGUGGGCACCACCUGCCAGCCGGCCCAGGCCCUGCCCUCCUUGGCAUUGUGGAUUGAAGGGCAAGAGAUGGGCAGAGCAGCCCCAAACCCCGAGGUCCUCCAGGGCCUUGAGGUCCCGGGGAUCGAGCGCGCACACGGGGAGCCACGCCAACUCCCCCCGCUCGUGCUCCGAGCCCAGAUGGCACAGAGCUUCCCCGGAGAGAUCCUUCACAAAAUGGCAUCCGGAUUUGGGGUGUCUACCCAGAGGAGGGGCUUCCUGGAGCUUGGGGGGGCCGCCCCGGGACCCCCCCCCCCCGGUAACCUCCUCCAACAGCCCUCCGGGCCAGCCGAGAAGCGGCGUGGCCCGGUGGAAGGAGCGCGGGCCCGAGAGUCCGAGGUCCCGUGUUCCGAUGCCGGCACUGCAGCGUGACCAACCUUCGGAAAGUCGCCUUAGGUGGGCCUCGGUUUCCUCAUCUGUAAAACGGGGAUUUAGAUCCCUGUCGUCCCUUUUGGACUGCGAGCCCCAGGUGAGACGGGCACCUCCUCUGUUCUGCUUAGGUCGCGUCAUCAUCGGUGUUGGUUACGGCGGUCGAAAUAUGGAGAGCGCUCGACAAGUAGCUCGGUUGUGACUGUUGUCUGAUGCAGCCCCGGCUGGUUCUGAGCCGGUUCUCCCACCAUCCCCACGGCACUUUCGUACGGGACUUCAAAUUAUACGUUAUAAAUUACUCCACGGUAA